AUGGCAAUUAAGCUUGCCCUAGUCAUACUCUUUGUAGCUUCAUGGGAUGUUGCAAAGGGAAGAUCUCUUACAUUUUCGACGAAAUCAUCACUAGAUCGUUAUAGUUUCCCUCCUGGUUUUAGUUUUGGUGUUGCCUCUUCUGCUUAUCAGUAUGAAGGUGCAACCGAAGAAGGAGGAAGGACGCCUAGCAUUUGGGACAACUUCACACAUGCAUAUCCAGAAAGGACUAAUAUGAACAAUGGAGAUAUAGCAGUUGAUUUUUACCACCGUUAUAAGGAUGAUAUCAAGUUGAUCAAAUAUAUGAAUAUGGAUUCUUUCAGAUUCUCCAUCUCCUGGUCAAGAAUAUUACCAAGUGGAAAGCUUAACGAUGGUGUAAACAGCGAAGGAGUUCAAUUCUACAAAAAUCUCAUUGAUGAACUUAUCAAGAACGGCAUAGAACCUUUUGUAACAAUCUACCAUUGGGAUAUCCCUCAAGCUCUAUACGAUGAGUAUGGUGGUUUCUUAAGCCCUCGGAUCAUCGAUGAUUUCCGGAACUUUGCUAGAGUUUGCUUCGAAAAUUUUGGUGACAAAGUUGAUAUGUGGACAACAAUCAACGAACCAUAUGUUUAUAGUGUUGCGGGUUAUGAUAAUGGUAAUAAAGCAAUGGGACGAUGCUCGAAAUGGGUAAACAAGUUAUGUGUGGCUGGUGAUUCUAGCAGGGAACCUUACUUAGUUUCUCAUCACCUUCUUCUAGCUCAUGCUGCAGCUGUUGAAGAGUUUAGAACUUGUGACAAGAUUUCAAAAGAUGCACAAAUAGGCAUAGUGUUAUCUCCAUUUUGGUUUGAACCUUAUGAUGUUGCUUCCCAUGCUGAUAAAGAAGCAGUUGAACGAGCUCUUGCAUCCUAUGUUGGUUGGCAUCUUGAUCCUUUAGUCUUUGGAGAUUAUCCGGAAACGAUAAAGAAAAACGCCGGAAACAGAUUACCUUCUUUUACUAAAGAACAAUCCAAUAUGGUCAAAAACUCAUUUGAUUUUAUUGGAGUAAACUACUAUACCGCACGAUUCGUCGCUCAUCAGGAACACAAUGACCCUUCACGACUUCGGUUCACGACAGAUCAACACCUCGAGUACAAAAUGACAAAUCGUAGCGGCGAUCACAUAUCUUCACAAUCUGACGGAUCAAAAGUACUAUAUUCAUAUCCUGAAGGCAUACGGAAGAUUCUAAAUUACAUUAAAAAUAAAUAUAAUAAUCCAACGAUUUACAUAACGGAAAUCGGAUUUGACGACUAUGAUAUUGCGAAAAUGCCCCGAGAACAAAUAUUAAAGGACAUACAAAGAAUAGAAUACCACAAGAAACAUCUUGAAGAACUCCGUAAAGCUAUCACGUAA